UGAAGUUACAAAAUUGGUUUUGAACAUGUUUUGAAAUUGGUCACAAAAUGACAUUUCGAAAUUAAUGCUUUGAUUUACACGAUGAUUUAAUAAAAAUAAAAUGAUAAAGACACAAAAUUAUUUGUAGGGAAGUAAGUCAUUAUAAUACAGUAAAAUGCCUCGUCAAAGAACUCUUAGAUCAAUUUUCAUUGAUAUGGUAGUGUUCGUUGGAAUGUUCGCACUACUGGGGCAUCUCUCUAUAAACUUUUGGGAGCGAUUUGUUAUCCAGAGCGAGCUUUCCAAUAUGAAAACCAGCUUACAUUCGUUAAAGGAAACAAUAAACAGAAUUGGCUACGCAUAUGAUAAUCUACAUCGAGAACUACUAGGAUUAGCUGAAAUCGCUGAGAAAAAACAAUCUAAGGAAUCUCCAGACCCUCCAGAAGCUCCUAUCGAACACAAACCAGAAACGCCACAAAAAAUUCCAGAUUGUUGGGACUGAAAACAGUUUUGAAGGUCAAUAAAAG